AUGGCAAAUGAUGCACGAGCCUCAUCUGUUGGAUCCAACACAGACAGCCUUAUCAGCGCGUCCGGCUACAAGUUCAGCAAAGGCAGUAAGAAGGUACCCAAGGUCAAAUUAAAGAAGUUCCCUCUUCAAGCCAAGAAAUCGGCUCAAGUAAAUGGCGUCAAGAACAACGCAGAGGCGCCUUCUCCAGAAGUACCCAAGUUUGAUGACGAGACCAUGGCAAAUUUCCCCAACGGCCGCCUCGAAAACCUCGAUACCGUGAUCUGCAAACAUUGCAAGAAGAUGGUUCUAAAGCGCACUGCCAAGUGGCACAUAUCCUUGUGUUUGAAGUCCAAGCAAGACAAAGCGCGCAAGAAAAAGGAAGCACGCGAAGCUGCGGCGCGCGCGAAGGAACGGGCAGAGAGAGCAGACGAUGAUGAUGACGACGACGACGAUGUCAAAGGCUCUUCCAGAAAAGAUGGUGUCAACGGUGAUGAUGAUGCCCCCAAGAAGACCAAGAAACGGAAGGCCGACGCCGAAGAUGACAAAGAGCCAAGAAAGAAGAAGAGAAAGGAAGAACAGAAACCGAAGGUGGUGAAACCCAAAGGUCCGGUUGACGUGGAGAAACAAUGCGGCGUGAUACUGCCAAAUGGUGGACAGUGCGCAAGGAGUUUAACAUGCAAGAGCCACUCCAUGGGAGCAAAGCGGGCUGUUCCCGGAAGAAGUCUGCCUUACGACAUGUUGCUCGCUGCAUACCAGAAAAAGAAUCAAGCACGCCAGCAGAAAGCUGCGCUCGAUGCAAACGCCCCUGCGCUCCUUGAGGAGGAUCUCGACCCUAGUCUGACUGGUCCGGUCGAUUCGGAUGAGGAGCGAGACUCAGUGAUGACAGCCAUCGCUAGAAGCUUUGCUCGACCGCAACCCCUCGUCACCAAACCACUUUUCCCGACCCGGCGGAAAUACCAGCUGGUACGGAUGAAGGAAAUGCUAUCAAAUGCCAUGAGCGGCAACAGAUCCGGCGGCUUGUUCAGUGUUCCCCCUGACAGCGCCAAAAGUGCUAUACCCCAGUCUGCCAUCCACGAAACGUUCCCCAGUGAAAUAUCAGCUUCGCCUGUAACGGCAGGUAUUGGUUUGCCUCAAUCUGGGCUGAAGGCGCCUCUCCGAAAGACCUCGAUAGAUGUGGCUUAA